UACCGACUGCGCGAUCAAGUGGAUGAGACCCCAGAGGAAGCCGCUCACCUCCGGCUUAUAUACACUCGCUGCUGUAAAAGUCUCCGGCUCGAAGCCCUGGUGAAAGAGCUUGGUGUCCUCCUAUCAAAGUGACCUGAAACCGACCAUCACAUGAAGACGUCCUGAUUACAUGCUGGAACCAAGAGACCAUGGCCUCCAGGACGGGCCGGGCUCUGUGUGCGAUGCUCACUCUGCUACUGAUAGCUGUUGAAGGUCAGAGAAUCACCAGCACAAAUGUAUAUCCAGCUCCAUCAACUACAGGAGCAGAAGAACGUUCCAUGACACCAUCUGAGUCUGGCACCACAGCUUCCAUAAGAGAAGAUGGAGGCAAUGUAUCAUCAGCCACAUCACCGGACAUCAGCAUCCCCACCACAGUGGACCCUAAUGGAAGUCAGGCUGCAACUAUGAUCGGGACAUCAGAGACCAUCAUCACUACUAUUGAUCCAGAUACAACACCAGACAUCAGCCAUACCAUUGUGGCCAAAAGUAUGGGCCCCGGCACCACAAAAAUGAAUGAACCAACACCAAUCAUCAGACAGACAAGUGUGAGAAAUGGAACUGGCGCCAGCACCAAAAAUGUGAUUGGACCAGCAGCUGGUAGCAAUACAACCAACAUUACCUAUACAACCACUGAAAUCAAGAAUAUCAGCCUGACAGAUCGAACAGGUGACAGCAGUUCUACCAGUCCUGCACUUAUAACUGGUGCCGCUCCUACAUAUGGCAUCAGUCCAACCACUGAGAGACUUACCAGGACUGAUACAGACAUCAAGACUACAAUCAAUCCCACAACUGAAAGCAGCCCUGUAACCCUGAGAGAUCCAACAACUUACAACCAUACAACCAAUGGGACAAACACAACUGGUACCAGUUCUACCCAUAUAACCAGUGGGACAGACUCAACUGGACGGGUCCUACAACUGACAUUAUUACAAGCAGAAUCAGAGAUACAACAACUGGUGCCGGACAUAGAAGUGACAUCGGUUUAA